CUGGAGGGGCGGAGGCGGGACUUCGGAGGCUGCGCCCGGGACAGACUGGCCUGGGGCUCCCAGGACCCUGUAGCGCGCGUGUCCCGGCGGCUGUCAUGGAAGGAACUAGCGGCGGCUUCCGGAAAGAGCUGGUGGGCAAGCUGCUGCAGCUGCAUUUUAAGGAUGACAAGACCAAAGUCAGCGGGGAUGCACUGCGGCUCGUGGCGGAGCUGCUGAAGAUCUUCGUUGUGGAAGCAGCCAUCCGCAGCGUCCGGCAGGCCCAGGCGGAGGACCUGGCUCUCGUGGACGUGGACCAGCUGGAAAAGGUGUUGCCUCAGCUGCUCCUGGACUUCUAGGGGCUUCCACCCCCACUGCGGCCUGCUGUCCAAGUCAAGGCUAAAGCCCCGUGCCCACGUUUCGGUGGCCUCUGGCUACAGACAAGCAGCUCCUGAUACCCG